AUGCUUUAUUUGUCAUCCAGCAAUCUCAUUCUCCAUGCCACACUUUGUCUUUCCCUCACGGUUUUUCUCUCCUUCCUCAAGAUCCCUGCUUUUUUUCUCUAUGGCCUCCACACCUAUGUCCAUCCAGAUGAUGUCGCUCCCCCUAACAGUAACUCUUCUCGUGGCGGAGGAGGUAUCAGAGCUGCGAUUCGGCGGCCAGGUACUUUCGACUCUGAACACAAACCCAGAAAAAAAUCCAAAGAUAAAUUUGAGUUUGAUGAGAAUAAAGCUCAGAUCUUUAGGCUAAAGCUCAAUGAUGAUCACUUACAAACAAGGGUUUAUUAUACCCAGUUUAGUAGUGCUUUUAAUUCCAGUCUGGUUGCCAUUUCUUGCUUGCUGCUUCACAGAUUUUUAAGAGUAUCAAAAGAUUCUGGGAUUUUAGAAAAUGGGUCCGUGAUCCCGAUUUUGUUAGGAAUUGUUGGGGUAUGUAGAUUGUUAAUUUUGAUUGCCAAGCUUUCAUUUGAGCGAUCAGCUUCUAAAAGGUCAGAGAGGCUGUUGAGUCUUGUAUUUGGGGUUCUUGGGUUUUUCUGGGGCCUCGCGAUUGUUUUGGAGAUGGUUCCCGGUUGGGGUCUUGAUUUUGAUUUUGAAUCGUUGGACGGAUUUGGGAAGUUCUUUAUUGCUGUUCUAAUGGGCUGCAUUGUGGGUCUCUUUUACAUCCCAGCUACGAGGAAUGCUCGUGCCUUUUGGCUUGGAACUGAUCAGAUUCGUUCUAAUUUGUCCAUAAUUUCCUGUGGAUGGUUUGGAAGAAUGCUUCUUUAUGGCAAUUACUUGUUAGUUGUAUUCACUUCCACGCUUUGGGUUGGCCCGUUUAUUGAACUCCUCGUCUGCGAUAAAUCUGAUGGAAUCAAAGGGCUUCAUUCCAAUGGUAGGAACAGAUAUACUGAGGAGUUGAUAGGUAGAUUGGGCAUGUUGCGAUCAGAUUUCUACAAGUUCAGGGUUUGGUGCAUGUUCAGUUCUGGUAUUUUGCAAAUUUUGUCUUUGCGGCCAAAUGUGCAGAUGUUUUUAAAUGAAGCGGUACUGUGUUGGUACCAGAGAUUGCAUGCCAGUAAGGUCCCUGACUUGGAUUAUAGCAGGGCAAAAGUUUUCUUGCACAACCAUUACAUGUUUCUUGUAGUUCUGCAGUUCUUUGCGCCUGCCGCGAUUGCACUUCUCCUUCUUGGAUUAUCCCAUAUUGAUGUUAACUUGCUGGCAGAUUUCAAGUUGCCAUGUAAUCUACUGCCUUGCUCUGCUUUGGUCAAAGAAAUGGCCUUGUUUCUGGCUUGGUGGAUAACUUUUGUUUGGGCUAUAUUUACGUCAGUGAGCCUUACUCUUUAUAGGCGUGGUUUCCUGUUCGUUUCUUGA